UUUCCACUCUUUCCAAACCUCCCGGUUGAGCUGCGCAUCCAGAUAUGGCAAAACGCCCUGCCUGAUAAUAUUGGACCAGCUCUAUACAUGUACAAGCGGGGUUGUUGGAGGCAUCGACUCUUGACGGAAUCUGAAUACGGGUAUACUCCAACCGGGGACGAGAAUGACAACUGGGUACUGGAGUUCUGCUAUGCCCUCCUAGGCGACUCUCAACUCAAUAUCACCUUGCUAUUCGUCAAUAGUGAAGCCCGUGACGUUGCCCUCGCUUGGGCUGCGAAGCAGGCCCCAGACACGCGCAUAGUCGAGAAGGACAGCUUGAUGAUGCUCGUACGCCCCUUCAAGCCAGAGUCCGACGCCAUUUAUGUAACAGUGGACGAUUGGGAUACCUUCCUUGGCGAGGAAUCCGAGCUGCCAUAUGACUUGGGCUGGGACCGCAUAGACCGGAUUUACGGCUCGCACUGCGCAGUUACUCGCCUUGCUGUGCCUGAGGCUUUGUUCCGACAGAAAGAAGAUCAUUGGAGAUGCCUGACAGACUUGUUCAUAUCCUGGUCAUGUGUGGAGACGUUGUACAUCGUUGCUGACCCGCAGCCCGAGAUGCUGGCUUCGACUGGCGAUGAAAGCGUAUUGUUGCGGUGCGAGAUCGACGAGGUGCAAGGCCCGGGGCUGCUUUGGAAGAGC